AUUUCAAUUCUUACAUAUCAUUAUUCAACUUUUUUUGAGAUCUCCUUUUGAUCAAUCCGAAAAACAUCAUUCAAAAUGGCUACUCCCAGCACUACCUCCGCUAUCCCCAUGAAGAACAACGUCGCAUACAACAGCGACUCGGAAUCAGAUGGCCAAGCCCGUGGUGGCCGUCGCCCUGCCAACCAGCUCCAGACCUCUCUACCUCAGCUACCCACCUCAGUCGGUCUAGCUCAGCCAGCAGGUUCUCUGCUGAAGGGCGCCACUGAUGACAACGGCAACCAGAAGGCCGCCGCUCUCCUAGUCGGUAUAAAGCUCGACUUGGAAGCUGAGGUCCACUUGACUGCCAGAGUCCGUGGUGACAUCUGUGUUGGUCUCUACUAAGGGAUUUCACCAUCAUGAAGGCGCGAAACAUUCUAUUCAUUGAAGACAAGCAUAGCAAGAGCGGUAGCAACUGCAGGAAUUGAAGCAGGAAGCGGAGCACACAAGAUACCCCCCAUUUUUGCAUGGAUUGUUCAGAGUCUGGCUGGAGCCGUCCCAACUCCAGCGCCUUACGCCAAACGCGUCGCGGGCUGGCUGGCCGCCGCGGGGCAUGGUAGAUAAUAAUACGACGAUUUGGAGAUCUCA